CUGGGAUUACUUUCUCUUUCAGCUCGUGGGAUUUUUUCGAUUCUUUUUGUUACUGAUUUUACUGUUUCUUUUAAAUUAAAAAUUUUAAGAUUCUGGGGUAAAUUUGUGUUUUAUUUGGAUUUUUGAGUUUUUCAUCUGAUAUUAAUAUUAUAUAUGGUAUUUUGUUGAAUUAGUUUAAAUAAAAUUUGUAUUUCAAUUUCUGAGGUUUUGAUAUGAUAUUUCUACUAUAUAUUCACUAUUACGUAUAUUGGGUAUCUUUUUUUUUUGGAAAAUCAGACUUCCACGUUGAACAAAAAGAAUUUAUCUUUGAGAAUUCUUUGUAAAUCAUUCAAAUUCAACAAUUGACUAAGAACAGCUUAGCAUCUUCUAGAACUUCAAUUAUAUUCUGAAACUAUUUUUUUCCCAUUAAAUUCAACCCUUUUUUUUGUUAAACUAAUGAAAGUAUUCUAUUCUAAGAAAUCAUUAACAAAAUUAUCUAGUCUUGAAUAAACUAGCUGCCAAACAGCAUCACCAAACCAAAAACCCAAAUUCAAACUCUGAACAUAUAAAAAACAAAAAAAAAUACAGAAUUAAAAAAACCAACAUAGUCUAAUGCUUCAAAUUCCACGUGCCAAGUUAUUUAAAAUAAUUUUCUUGCAGGGAAGAAGAAUUCUUUGAAAUGAAAGAAAAGAUGGUUUUAAUAAAAUAAAAUAUUGAAAUUCUUUGUCAAAUAUAAUAACAGAAAUUUGGCAAUAACGUAUACAAUAGCAAGAUGUGUUUUGUAUUAGGAUAUCUAAGAAUCAUUAGUUAAAGAAAUGGGCGAUUUCAUUAGACGUUAAUCCGUGUGUUUGACCAGGCACUUGUUGUGAAUGUGGGCGUUGAGAAUUGAAGAUGAGGAUGGCAAUGAUGGCCAACAACUCAGCGAGUAGAAGCACCGAAAUCUUGAAUGCUGCUGCAAAUGCCAUAACUUCAAUCAAUCCCCGACGUCCUCCUCCUCACCAGCAUGGACGAUGGAAAGGUUACUGGAGUCGUUUCUGGUGCUUUGGCCCACAGAAACGAACAAAGCGCAUCGUACCUGCAUAUCAUGUUCAAGAAGGAAAUGCAACAGAAGCUCUCACAAAUGGAGCUCAACAAGCAGGUGGUGCUCAUCAACUGACAACUUUAUCCACAUCACUAUCAGCACCUCCGUCAUCACCAGCUUCAUUUUUGAAUUCUGGCAAUUCAUCUACUAUACCAUCCCCCUCUGGGUACUUACCUUUGUCUUCAAUGUCUGGUACCACUUGUUCACCUGGUAGACCUAUCUCAAAUAUGUUUGCAGUUGGACCAUAUGCACAUGAGACUCAACUGGUUUCGCCUCCUGUCUUCUCCACUCUUACUACUGAACCUUCCACUGCUCCAUUUACACCACCACCUGAGUUGGCUCAACUUACUAACCCGCCAUCACCAGAAGUACCUUUUGCACACCUGCUUCAGUCUUCAUCAAAUGCAAAAGAAACUAGCCAAGAUCAUGGGUUAACAUUUUCUUCUUUUCCAUUUAUAUCCUCAGGUUAUGGUGCAACAAAUGACCUUCUAUCUGCUUACCAACUUUAUCCAGGAAGUCCUGCAGGCAGUCUUCUAUCACCAAGAUCAGGGUUUUCUGGAUCAGCACCCUCUUCUCCAUUCCCUGACCUGGAGUUUCCUGCUCAAUGGAAAGUUUUGCAUUCUGCUAAGGAUUCACCUUUUUCCAGGAAUGAGCACUCGAACCCCUUCAAUUAUCGCUCAGCAACUUCAGGAACUUCUAUAUUCUCAAAGGGUUCAAAUGCUUUCUUCUCUGCUACCUCAGCAAAUUUCAAAUUGGACCAUGUGUCUCAGCGAUGGUCAUUUGGGGGUCAGAGCAGCAUAGAGCCACAAUUAACGGGAGAAGCUUUUGUUUGUUGCAACAGUGAAAAUAUGGAGCAGGAAAGGCAUUUGGAAACAAACAAAUGUUGCACAAAUGUAAUUCACAAGUCUAGUGUGGAUAUCCUAGUCAAGUUUCCCAUGGAAAACAGUCAAAUGCAGAUGGAACAAGAAUUAAAUAGGGCUUCAUUUGAACUCGUCACUGAUGAAAUCAAACUUGUCACUGAUGAAAUCACUAAGGCUAGUUCCAGACCCAUAGAAGUUUUAGUAGAAAGGCUUCCUUUAUCAUGUACAGAAGCUCAGAAUUCAUAUGCAGGGGAGUAUUCUACAUCUUCCAACAGAUGUGUCAGGGAAGACAUACAUUUGACAGAGUUAGCUUUACCAAAUAAUCAGACUGAAGUAUCAACCAUAGAUCCCUUAAAAUGUUUUACAGGUCAUGCCAGAGAUGGUGUUGUUAAAGAUUAGUUAGCCUUUGUUUAUUGGUCCUCUUCACAUGUAAAAUAAGUCACUUUUUUGCAGUAAUCAGGGAUGGUAUGGACAAACAUGUUCAGAAAAGGAUAAAAUCAGCAUUCUGGGAACUGAAGUUAAAAAAUUCUUACGCCAACCCAUGUUAAUAUAGAUAUUCAGGAUUCACUAGCAGUGCCUCGAAGAUAUUUAAAUUUCAUGCUGAUACUGACAAAAAAAACAUUUUUCUCAAAACUUAAAGAAUUCGAAAUGAGAGAUGGAGCAGUUGUUUCAAGUUAUGAUGACAGAGAGAUGCAUGAAGCCAUAAAAAAUGACAAGAAAGUAGAAUGAGAAAUUGUGAAAAUUUUCACUGAUUCUGGUACUUCGAUAUUUCUUGCUCAGAAGACCCAAUGAUUGCUCUUUUUGGUGUGCAUGUGUUCAAUCUCUGGAGUAGUCCAUAUACUUGAUCUGGAAACAUGUUUCAAAACUGUGGAAUGUUAUCUUUCAAGGGCACUGUAAAUUUUUUAGCUGACAGAUUUCAUUUAGGCUGUCAACAUGGAUUAUAAUGCUUAUGUAUUGUGUUACAGUGUUGAUUGCCUUUGUAAACAGCCUUCAUGAUCAGCACAGGGUAGUUAUCCAUGAUAUUAAUAUGUAUUUUAUUCAUCGUAUGUUCCCACAAUAACUGAAGGAAUUGGAGGCUACAGUAUCUGAACGUUGCAAUUAUAUUUGUUAUUUUAAUUUCC